GCAUCCCAUCACCUUUCAGUUGGGGAGAAACACGCGAUCGUAAAACAUUAAACACGGAAUAAUUUUGAAUGUGUAAAUUUAGAAAUGUGUUUCAAAAACUAAAAAAAAAGAAAAUAAACAUAAAACUUAAAAUAUAAAAAUAAAAUCAUUAAAAUUACACAUAAUUUUUACGAUAUUUAUAAAUAACAACAUAAAAUAUCUAAAUAAAUGUAAGAAUGUUUUUUUUUUAUAAAAAAAAGUGAGAAAAAUACAUGAAGGAAAAGAAAACAUACCAAAAAAAAAAUCAUAAAACAUCAUUUAGAAAAAAAUUUACAAAAAAUAAAUGUCAAUUGUUGAUAUUCAGUGUAAUUUAUUAGUAUUUUUAUCUCACGUGGUAUUUGUAUAAAAAAUAAAAUAGAGCAUUUAAAAAAAAUCACGCGAAAUGUAUAAACAUUUCGAAUUAAAUAAUAUAUAGAAAAUAGUAAAAAAGAAUCAAAACACAUUUGGCAAAUAAUGUGAGAUAUACAUACACACAUAUACAUAUAUGUAUAUGUAUUUAUUUUGUUUUCAAAAUCGUAAAAAAGUUUACCAAAGAGAAAAAAAAUAUAAUUCAUGUCAAAAUUAAUUGAUUGUUGUGAAAUGUUUAUUUGUGAAAAUUUUCAUAAUAUAACCGAAAAAAAGUGCAAAUUACACUUGCUAACAGGAAUAUCAAGAUAAAUCGAAAAAUAAUAAAUAAAUAUGUAUGAAUGUGUAUAAAAAUAAAUAAAUUUCAAUAAAAUUUUGUUUAUAAAAAUAAAUCUUUCAACAUUAUAAAAUCAUAAACAAAUUGAUGGUUUAUAAUGUUUUAGUUAUUGGUAAAUUCACAUGCAUGUGUGAAAAACUAAAUUAGAAAAGAGAUAGAAAUAAACCAAUACAAAUCUAGAUGAAAAUCAACUUUAAAUAAACCAUAAAGUAUUUAAAAGAAAUUUAUAAAAAAUACAACAUAAAUAGAAAAAAAGAUUUUAAAUAAAUAAACUUAAACUAAAAUGAAAUGAAAGGAAUUUUAAAAGCCAGAAAUAAAAUACCAAAGUACUUAAAAAAAGAAAAUCCAUAAAAUAUACAAAAAUAACUAAAACAUUCUUUAAGUUAUAAAAAAGAAGGAAAAACGUAGAUAAACUGGGGAAAAAAAUACAACAAGCAAAAAAGAGCCGGAAAAAUUGGACUAAAUGAAAAACUACAACAAAAAAUUACAGCAAUAGAUGGAAUAAAAUAAAGGAAGAAAACUAUCGGCAGCCAUGAAACAUUCAACAAUAUUUUGGAUAUUUUGGUUGACAUUUGUCAGCAUACAUCACAAUCAAUUACAGUGUACAAGUGCUGUCGUAGUUCAACAACAACAGCUACAGCCAUUUCAGCAACAACAUAAAACAGCUGCAAUAUCAUCAACAUCAGCUUUAAUAAAACGACGACAACAACAAAGACAGCAACGACAACAACAACAGCAGCAAUGGUUUCCCAAGGGAACAACCAAAGAAGUAAUAGGUGAUGUUGUCGAUAUCGACGUUGUAGCAAAAGAAAAUCGCGAAAAGAAUGUCGAGAAAAAUAUCUUGGCAAAAGAACUCAAUGUUAAACAAAAGAAAAAUGCUAUAAAAACACUACAGCAAGCAAUAAAAGCAAAAGCACCAACAACAACAACAUCUAUGAUAACAUCAACAUCACCGACAACAGCUACAUCAACAAAAUUAUUCAUGCAACAAUUGUUAAAGCAACAUGAAGAAACAUUACAAAAUUAAAUGAUACUGGUGGGUCUACUGCAAUAGACUUGACAGAGGAUUCUUU